AAAAGAUGAACUACGCGAUUUGAGCUGAUCAUUAGUCAUCAUUUCGAUCAAUCAGAAUAAAGACAGAACAUUAUUCCAUAGUUCCACUGAUUACUAGCACCACCUUGAAUUUGUUAAAAAAUUUAUAUCGAAAAGAAGAUUAUAUAUAUAAAGCAUAUAGACAGGCCAGGCGGCCUGGUGUUUUUAAGCGGCCUGCCUGGCCUGGUUGAGGGGUCGGCCUGGCCGGCCUAUGACAGGCCAGGCCUAAAAAACGUGGCCUGUGCCUGUCACAGGCAGGCAGGCAGGCCUAGUGGCCUGGUUGGACCUCUGGUAAGUAACAUGAGAGUGUGGGUGUGGAUGUGCAGGCGCAGGUGUGAAUCUAAUCUUCAUUUACACUGAAACCAUAUACCCACAUCCACGCCACCCAUCCUAAUAAAUGAUUAAACAUUUUAAUCGAAACAGACAGUGUGCAUGUGUCUGUGAAAGUAGAUUGAUAUGGAUCUUCAAUUUACCAACUUCGACAUCUGCAUCCACUCAGAUGUGUGCAGUUAUUAAUAAAUGAAUAAGAGUGACUUCACAGAACAUUCAUUUUUCUUUUUUGUCUUUAGGUUUUAACCAGUAUCCAAGAAGAAGUAUCACGUGGGUGUGGGUGUGUGGAUGUGGGCGGAUAGGCAGUGAAGACAACCACACCCACACACCCACUCACCUAUCCACCCACCCCACACCCACAUACUACACCCACACCCUUACGAUUGAAAAUGAAUCAUAUCCAAAAUAUCAACCCUUGGAUGAUUUAGGUAUAAAGAAGAAAUUGAAUUUCACUGGUUUUUAAAUAUAAGUUUUGUUUUGUUAUAGGUGGUGGACGAGGAAUUGGAUCAGGAUUUUAUCAAGCAAUUGUUUUUGGUGAACAUGGUCCAACAUUGAAUAUUAAUAAUAUAUAUCGUUAUUUUUAUCAAAAUUACAAUUUAAUUGAAUUUCUCUCUUGUUAUUUAAAUUAUGAUAUUCGAAAAUAUGGUAUUCCACCAAAAGAUCAUCCAUUAUUGGUUCAAAAUAUUUUGAUGUUUCUUUGGUUUGUAAUAAGUUUAUCAAAUAAAAUUUGUCAAUAUCGUUUAAAAUCAUUUGGUUGUCCAGCAAGUGAACAUAAAUAUACAAUAAAUGGAAGUAAACAAAUAACAGCUGUUGAUUAUUUUCGUGAUAAAUUGAAUAUACGUUUAUGUAAUCCACAUUUACCUGUUGUUGAAGUAUAUAAUCCAAAUGAUGAAAAUCAAUCAUAUUUUUUACCAAUAGAAUUAGUUAAUGUUGAUAAAGGACAAACAAAUUUACAAUCACUCACAACUGCACAACAUGCUAAAAUAGAAAAAAAGACUGUUGUUAGUCCUGAAGAACGUUAUAAAAUGAUUCGACAUAUUGAUAAUGAACGUGAAUUUAAUCAAGAUUUAUAUCUGAAAGAAUUUG